CUUUCUUUACGAUAUUUAAACACAUUGAAAGAGGACACUCACACUACAACCACAGUACUGAGUAGAAGCUAGUAGAUAGCUGUCAAAAAUCUUUUUGAAUGCAAGACGAGUGCAAAUUCGUAAAAAUGAAUUUGGCUAUAAAAAUUAUUUAAAUCUAAGUAAUGUAUGCUAAUAGUUUGAAUGAAACUAUUUUCUCUUGUUGGAUAACAAGUAGUACUUACGCUGACGAUAGACACCAUGGUGCAGUGUCAUCCGCCGUUGGAAAUAGAAGAAUUACCAAAAGAAGACGAAGAAAGAUUAGAAAAAUUAUUUUCUAAAUUAGACAACGAUGGAAAUGGAAAGAUCGAUAUCCACGAUCUUUCCGUUGCGCUUAAGGAGCUGGCCCCACAUAUAAAUCGCAGCUACGCAGAGAAAUUUUUGGCGAAGUCUGGCAAGGAUGCUGGUGAUGUAACACUUUCGGAGUUUAUACAUUAUGUGAGGGAGCAUGAAAAGAAUCUCCGGCUACAGUUCUCUCAUCUUGAUAAAAAUCAGGAUGGUAAGGUUGAUUUGGAAGAACUUAUCUCUGCAUUUGCUGAUCUUGGCAUCGCCAUUGGAAGGAAUGAAGCAACUAAUUUAUUGAAAAGAAGAGCUGGAAUGAGACAUUACUGGUGGAUGGAUCAAGAUGGCAGUCUGAAUAUAAGUUAUGAUGAGUGGCGUGACUACCUUCUACUGGCUCCAGCGACAGACAUCCACGCUCUUAUACACUUCUGGAGACAUUCUACUUAUCUCGACAUCGGGGAGGAUAUGAACGUACCUGAUGACUUCACUCCAACUGAACUCCAGACAGGGAAGUGGUGGCGACAUUUGUUAGCUGGCGGUAUUGCCGGGGCUGUCAGUAGGACUUGUACAGCUCCACUAGACAGACUUAAAGUAUUUUUACAGGUUAAUCCAACAAGAGAAAAUAUGGCCAAAUGCUUAGCAAAAAUGAUCAACGAAGGAGGCAUUGGUGGCCUCUGGAGAGGUAAUGGAAUAAAUGUCAUAAAAAUAGCUCCUGAGUCAGCUUUGAAAUUCGCUGCCUACGAGCAAGUAAAACGUCUCAUAAAAGGAGAAAAAAAUCCAUUAGAAAUAUACGAAAGGUUCCUCGCUGGAGCCUCGGCUGGAGCCAUAAGUCAAACUGUGAUUUACCCACUAGAGGUGCUAAAGACAAGAUUAGCUUUAAGAAAAACUGGCCAAUAUAGCGGUAUCGUGGAUGCGGCGAAGAAGAUAUACGCUAGGGAGGGAUUGAAGUGCUUCUACAAGGGAUACAUUCCAAAUAUCCUAGGGAUAGUGCCUUACGCUGGUAUAGACCUCGCUGUUUACGAGACGCUUAAGAAGAAAUACAUUAAUAAAUACCAGACUAACAAUGAACAACCGGGUAUGUUGCUGUUACUGGCUUGUGGGAGCACGUCUUGUACACUGGGGCAAGUGUGUUCAUACCCGUUAGCACUCGUUCGGACAAGGUUGCAAGCACAAGAGAAAGCUGCUAAAGGCGCAGAAGGUACAAUGCGAGGCGCCUUCCGUGAGAUCGUUCAGCGCGAGGGUCUACGUGGGCUGUACCGCGGCAUCACUCCAAAUUUCAUCAAAGUUAUUCCAGCUGUCUCUAUCUCAUAUGUUGUGUACGAGUACGCGAGCCGUUCGCUUGGUGUCAACAUGACGUGAUUGAUAACCCUGAAUACACCAUUUCCGGUACACACGCGCUCACAGUGUCACAUCACAAGGAUGUACCAUUGCAUUUCAAAGUACAUAGCGAUUAAGCCUAUUUAAUAUUUAUGAUUCAGUUAAAUUUCGACUACUCGUAAAGACGUACAUGUUAUGUGAAUUGUCAGUUACAGUUUGUAUAUGUUCUUAAUAUGGUUUUGUUAGACGACGUAGUGUUGAAACAUCUGUGAUUAUAAUAAAUUAUGUUUUUUUUUAUGUUUGUGUAUCCUAGCACCUGAUUACGGCGUCUCAAAUAUCAGUGUGGUGAUUUGAUUGACGGACUCAUAAAUAAAGAUCGCAUCAUGAAAACUGGUCUUAUACAUUCUUAGUAUAGUUGAAGCAGAAAAGUAUGUGCCUGUAUGUAACUGGAAAUAGGAAGAUAGAUACAUAUGACAAGUGUUAUUAUAUGCAAUAUAAAAUUAUAUUCUUGAAGCGUUUUGACCUCAUUAAAAUUAAAUUGUUAUAUAUUCCAAGUUAUAAUAAAUGCUAUGAAUUAAUAGAAUGUGUAUGGGCAAAUACAAGCUUAUUGCAUAAAAUAAUAAUGUAUUAUUAUUCUUAAUAUUUUAUUAUUAAAGUAUUCAAUGGACCUAUCAUCGAGAUAUAAAUAUAUCGUCAGCUGUUAAAUAUGAAAAUUUUAUUUAUAUAAUUGUAAAGUCUUGAAAUCGAUAAACGUUUGUCCAAUAAUUGAAAUAGCAUUUCAAAUCAUUUAUUGUUCUAAUACGAUCAUGUAGGUCGGUUAAAAAUAUGUAUUGUUAAAAAAUUAUAAACAAUAACAACUACUGAAACAACUUGAAACAUUUUCAGGGAAUUCUCAAUCAAAAACAGUCGUCCAACAAAAAAAAGUCAAUAAGGUUCCAAAUUAUGGUGUUAAUUUAUACAAUUGAUAGUGAGGUAAAUUAAUUAGAUAUAUUGAUUACGUAUUUAAAAACAUCUGUUUACAAUUUAUAAUGUUUUAAUAUUAUAAUUGGUGUUUUUAAAUAUAUGGAUUUUCUUAAAAAGACGCAAUAAAAUUAAUUAUUAGUUUUUUUAAGAUGCCAUUCAUAUAUGUAUAAUUUUUGAAUAUUGUCGCCGUGUAUUGAUAUUAGGGCAGCUUAAAUUAUAGAUAGUACUUAGUAUAAAUUUGUUUAGAUAGUUAACAAAUUAUUUAUAUCACCUAAUAAACCUUACAAUGUUAGUAAAUGCUAGAAGAAUUUUGUGCUUUGAAUCAUAAUAAUGAGUGCCGCUCGGAUUUAGUACAGUUGGGUAUCAAACGUGACGAAGAUGUCGGGAAAUAUUGUCAGGGACUGUUACAAUAUCGCAUCGAGCUAUUUAUUUGAUUCAAUAGUUUCUACCCAACAAAAACGGCAGUAAAACUGUGAUUGUGAACGGAAUUCAUACGCCCAAAUAAGUAGUUGCAAUUGUAUCUAAAAAUCGUAAAAUAUCGAAGGUACCACCAGAACUUGGUCAGUUUACUGUGUUACUUAACUUAUAGCAAUAAUAUUCAUCUCCUGAAUGCCUUUAAAUAUAUGAAAAUAAGAUAUUUUAAAUAAAAAGGAAAUAUAAAAAUUAACAAAGCUAAUUUAUAAGCUACAUUAAUAUUUUUAAACCUAUUUAUGCUACGAUUAUAUUAUAACAAACUUAGAUAAACAUUAUCCAUGCUAUUUAAUUAUUUAUUUUAGAUGAAUUGUGAGUAAAUUUGAUUUUCUUUAUAGGAAAGCUGUAAUAAAUUCUUUGAAUAAAAUUUACGGCAAGUUAACAAGAUUAAAACUGUUCUUUUAAUUUGAUAUUAAUUUAUUUUAUAAAGGUUGAUAUGGAUGGAAUUGUAACUUAAUGUUAUUGGAAAUUUUGGUAUUUGUGUAACAUUAGCUAGAUGUGUUUUGUAAUUUUUCAUCUGUGCAGUCUUUCAGAUGUCGUAUUCCGUGUAUUUAAUUGUUUCCAUAUAACAUAUAUUUUUUUAACAGGUUUCAGGUUUAACUUUGAACAGUCCUUGUUGUACUUGUCUUCUUGCUGUAUAAGAGUAACCUUUAAUUGUAUUUACGCUUCGAAUUUUGAGUAGUUUAAUUGUAGUUUGAUUAGCAGUAAGAGCUGUAAAGUUGAAUUAAUUUGCAUGUGAUGCAGUACUAUUAUUUAUUUAUGCAUUAUGCCUUAGAUAAGUCCUACAAUACUAGCCACUUUAAAAAAAUCAAAAGCUUAACACGUAUGUUAGUGUAAUUGAUUUGUUGAACUAUUUCAAUAUUCAAAUCAUUUGUUUAAUGUUCAAUCUUAUUAAACUUCUGACAUCCA